GUGGUAUGAGCGCUCCUUCAGUGUGCGCGUUUGCGCGAGAGAAACUGAAACAACUCGAGCUCCAUGACCCCAGAGUCUGACAUGACCGGACAUCAGGUCCAGACGUUUGAGAAAGACUUACACAGUGGAUGCGGAAGUUAAAACUUCCCUGUGCCAAAUUGUGGGUCUAAAUUACUUUUUAUAGUCCUAUCUUUGAUGAGACGCAACUGACGGCGCUACUCGGGUCAUCAUGUCCAUCACGCUCCGACAGAUGUAGCUAACGUUUGACACAAAAUGGAAGCUACUUUUCUUGCAGUUCUUCUGGCUGUUUGCAGGUGCGCUCUCUGUAAAGAGUCACACAUCUUUGAUGGGGAUGUUGUUAAUUUCGCUGUUGGGGUCGAUAAACUGUUCGUCCUUACGGAUACUCAGCUUCAUCAGAUAAGGCUCGACCUCAGUUCAGAGACGCGGAAAGAAAUAUCAAAUGCAACAGCUUCAAACAAAGUGAUGACUUUAGUUCCUUUCAUCAGUAAUGGCUCAGUGAUAACAUGUGGAUCAUACGACUGCGGAUACUGUGAAGUUCUUGACAUCAAUAAUAUUUCCAAGACGAUACACAAGGAAUUAUUCGGCAUUGGAGCAUACCCAAACAUAGCGGUUAUUAUUGACCAUGGACACGGAGAUAACAAAUACUUACUGGUGGGCAAAAACACAGAAAAGUCAGAAUGUGACAUCAGUGGUUUGAUAACACUGCGUGACACAAAAGAUGGACAGUUUGGGGGGGAUUUUCUCUAAAAAAGAUAUCAGUUGUAGUCCAUUUUCAAGCAUCCAAAAUAUUCGUGGCAGGGAGGUCGAGUUUGUCGAUGGUUUCCAGCAUACUGCGUCCUCACAUGUAUAUCUACUUUUGAAUGAAAAUAGAGGUCCAAAGUCGACAGUGAAGCUUUUGAGUCUGGACAGUAAAUACACAGAGGACGGAAAAUACACUAAAGCUGGUACAUUUACAACCCUCCGAGGUGCAGUUCUGCAGUGUUGUGAAAGCGACGUUGUCAGACCAUGGAAGCUUCUGUCCUCCGCUGUUAUUCCAGGAGAGUCGGCCAUCCUUUGGGCAGGUGUCUUUCAGACGAAUCCCGGAGAUACCGUGGUGGCGAUUUUCGACAUCAGCCGAUCGCGCACAGCACAUGUUUCUGGUUUCUGUAUCAACAGAGGUGACGCGUGUCCACUAAGCCACGAAGAAAAGUCUAAUAAAAUCACGGAUAAAGUUCUCAGGCCAGCUGCUGUGGUGUUCAGGAACAGCUCCAUCACAUCUGUCACUGCUUUGAAGAGCAACUCCUGGAUCAUUCUUUUCUUUGGCACUAAAACUGGACUGCUGAUCAAGGUUGCUUUUGAUGAGUCCCUCAAACCUGGCUGCCCUACUGUGUUGUACAGUUCAGGGGAGGGUCAAACGUUUUUACCCAAGAUGCUCUUUGCUCAAGUGAAUGCCACAGCCAUUUUCAUUGCCCAGGGAAACCAGAUGAUAAAGGUCCCUGUGGCCCGGUGUGGUGUGUAUCAGACUCUGGGGGACUGCUGGUCGGCCCUGGACCCCUUCUGUGGCUGGUGUGUGUCUCAGAGCAGAUGCAGGUUUCAGCAUGACUGUUCCAACUCGGACUGGGUCUCGGUUCCUGGAACGUCCCAGCAGAGGGACAUUAUGUCUGUCCACAUGAUCAAAAGCACUGGACAGGACAUCACAGUGACAGCUGCACCCAACCUGAACGGAGGCAUACGUUUCUCAUGUGCUUUAGAGAAGUGUGACAGUCCAGGCCCCUCCAACUGUUCCUGCACCUUCUCUAGUGAGAGCUUCCCUGCUGAAGGCCUCAGCCUCAGAGUUACGAUCACAGUCCAGAUGGAGACGCUCACUAAAGAUGUGCUUUUGAAAAACUGCUCCAGCAUCAGAGGAAGGCCGACUUCUGCUUUGUGUAUAGAGUGCAUGUCUGCAGGAUGUGUGUGGUCUCUCUCUGGUGAUGAAUGUACCUGGAGAUCAGCAUCCUCAGAGAACUUGACCACCAGAGAGGAUGUGUGUAAACAUUACUCCUCAGUGCUGAACUACACAAGGCCAGAGAUUCUAUCCGUAACGCCUGAUGAGGUUUCCAUACAUGGCCGAAACAGUGCUGUCAUCAAAGGAAGGAACCUGGAAUCAGUCACAAAGGUCCGUUUCCAACGAAACAUGGACUGCAAUCCAAAAGAAUCCCCAGUGUUGUCCCAUUCUGGAAACUCCAGUUCCCAUGAGUCUCUGACGUUCCACAUUCCAAGCAGAACUGUAAGAGGUGCCAUGAGAGUGUGUGUGCUCACGCCGGAUGGACAGUGUCAUGGCAACGCCAAAAUCACCUACGACUCCCCACCGACCUGCAGCCGUCUGAAACCAAAGACCACUUGGGCCAGUGGGGGCAGAGAGAUCUCGUUAGAGGGCUCUAAAUUGGAGUUUGUGGAGGCGGUCAAACACAGCGGGUCUUCAGAACACCUCAGACUUCACCGCAGAAAUGGGACACCUGUCUACUCCACCCCUGCUGGUGUGCUGGACUCCUCUGGGUCCAGACAGGUGUCUGUGGAGCUGUUGGUGGGGAACACCUCAGUGACCUGCAGAGAGGAGCUCACCUACCACCCAGACCCACAAUUCACCAGCUUCACCACCACACGCAUCGGCAAUAACAUGCGCAUAGUCAUUCAGAAAUCGGCCGACGCUCUACAGUUGAAGGGGUCAGAGGUGGAUGUUCAGGUCAGACGGGGGGCGGAGUCCUACAGGUGUGUGAUGGACAGGAUUGAGCGCAGCUCUGAUGUGGACUCUGUCAUCUGUGAGGUCAGCGGCGUGACAGACGUCAGCAGCGUGACAGACGUCAGCGUAGCUGUGGACACACUGACGGUCCGUGUUGGAGGUUUCUCGGUGGUUUUCCAGACAUCUGACUCUCAGCUGUACAGAAACGUUCUGAUUACUCUCGCGCCGGUUGUGCUUUGCAUUCUUGUCAUUAUCUACUGCUGUCACAGGAGAAAAGCAAGACCUCCAGUGGAGCUGGAAGCUGUUGAACAGGCAGACAGAGACGACCGCGCUGUGAGGUUGCCUGUGACUACGGCCGAAUCAUACAGCUGUAGAUGCUUUAGUAAUUAGCUUCUUCAACUAUAUUAAACGGAAGUGGCUACAUCAGCGUGACUGUGGCCCAUUACGUGUACUGUAUGUGAUGUGGACAUUCGGAAAAAAUAGAUCCACCAUUUAUUUUUAUUUCUAUUUUUUUUUUUUUUUUUCGGGCACUUGCGCUCCACUUCGGUUGGGCUUUCAUUGUAUCCUGGGGUAAAAAAAAAAAAAGAUACACACCAUCUGUAAACUAUGUGUUAAUGUUGUCUGAACAGUUGUCUGUUAUGGUUAGUUAUAGUUAAUUCAUUAGCAGACAUUGUUAUCCAAAGUGACUUACAAAUGGACAGUAUACUCAGCUAUCUGUUGUUUGUAUCUGUAAUUUGAUAGUGUUUUUCUAUCUGGCAAGUAAUGUAAUUAAUUAUAAUAUAUACAAUACAGCACCUCUUGAGGCACAAAGUGGUAUUACAAGGGACUUCAGUACAGUAUGUCAUCAUGCUUCCAUUGGUGGGUAAUUAUUUUGGUAACACAGAGCAUAUGACCUCCAAAUGGUUAUUUCUUUACGUUCCAUUACUAUUUAUUAGGAAUAUUUCACACACACACACACAAAUACAUUGUAGCACUGCAUCUACAUUCUUUCAACAUUCAUAUACUACUCUUUCCUAUGCAAUACCUUUGACCUUUGCAUGUUC